AUGAGGUUCUUGAACUUUUUGGUACUACAUGUCUUUGCAGUCGCUGCCUUGUCCAACAAGAAAAGACUCAUUAUCGACACGGACCUCUUAUCAUUUGAUGAUGACCCCUUGGCAAUUGGCUUAAGCGGUAUACUUCAAAACUGGGGACAAGUUGAACUAAUUGGAGUCAUGUCAAGCGUUAAUAGUCGAUAUGCUCCUCCAGCUAUCGAUGCGAUUAAUACUUACUUCGGGUAUCCGCAAAUCCCAAUUGCGAUCCAGAAGCCUGUUGACAACUUGACAAGAUUACCAGAGCAUCCAGAGUUUGGAGCCUACGUUACGGGGUUGACCUAUAACUUCACUGAAGAUCUACGAGAUGGAACCAAUACCCCUGAUCCAGUUUCAUCAUACCGCUAUCUCCUCUCCACAUCAGCGGACGAUUCAAUUACUCUUGCUGUAAUCGGGUUCUUCGAUAACGUGUUCAACCUUCUUAACUCUGGCCCUGACCAAAUAUCUCCAUAUACGGGAGCUGAGCUACUCGCUUCUAAGGUGCGCGAACUCGUCGUACAAGCCAACGACGUGGGAUAUUCUUAUAACACGAACACGCAUAACGAAACUCUAGCUCAGAAAGUAUUAAACUGGUGGCCGGGUAAAUUGACAUUUGCCUGGGAUGGUGUUGGCGAAAACACCAUCCUCGGCCGCCGCAUUACCACUAAAUUAGACCCCACCAAGAAUCCGCUCGGAUAUGCUCUGCGUACCAACAUCGGAUAUAACCAGGAGCACCCGGUCUGGGAUGUUGCGGCUGUGUACUAUGCCGUGUGCGGGCUGGACGACGUAUUUAGAUGGAAAUACCCGCAUGGCGGCCGUGUGAAUAUAAACGCGUCCGCUUUCGCUACCUGGGAGAACGGUACGGUUUCAAGCCCAGGGUUACAGAACUCUAUCGAGUUUAAAAUGCCCAAUACGACAUUUGCGACUCGGCUAGAAGAUACGCUGUUAUGGGAGCCGGGACAGCAUGUGCCGUACUGGAGGACUUGGUGUAAAAAUUAA